CACUUUUCCUGCCCUAUGGUCUGGCUUGAGUCAAUCAUUACACAUAGUGUACACAUUCAACUUGAGUUGAGCUCUGUCCAGAUUUUGCCACACUGCCUUAGUGCUAAUCCCGACUCUGCAAUACACAGCUCGCACACGGAGCACAGAGGAAAUCCAGAGGUUCACCAUACCCGGUGUACAGGUGCUCCCUGCAAGGACAGCCUGAUGGCUUGUGUUGUGUCCCUGUAUCGGCCUUUAUCUUUACUAGCCCCUGUGGGGGUGAGGCGAGCCAUAGUUUGCAGAAUGUCACUGGACAUGCGAGCACGGGAGGUGUUUGCUACGGCUAUCGAAGCAGUGCAACCAGACAUUGUGAUGCGGCGGGGUCUGGAGCGUACAGGAGACACCCUCCUAGUGAAUGGACGCACCUUCACGCUAAAGAACAACCUUCACCUGGUAGGCUUUGGCAAAGCUGUGCUGGGCAUGGCUGCCGAGGCAGAGAGGAUAGUGGGGGACCACUUGGUGAGAGGAGUGAUCAGUGUGCCACACGGCAUUCAGGAGACAAUACGGCAGCAUGGGAAAGACCAGAUGUUGUUGAAGGAUGGAAGUCGCAUCACAGUGAUGGAGGGAGCUAAACACAACCUGCCAGAUGCUGAUGCCCAGAGGGCAGCCGAAUGUAUCAAGGAGCUGGUCAGCACACUAACAGAGAAUGACAUGUUGCUUGUACUCAUCUCAGGAGGAGGGUCUGCACUCUUGCCUGCACCAGUCCCACCAAUCUCGCUUCAAGAGAAACAGGAUGUUACACGCAGACUGGCUGGUGCUGGUGCCACCAUUCAGGAGCUUAACUCUGUACGCCGUGCCCUGUCAAUUUUGAAAGGAGGAGGACUUGCACACUGCGCUCACCCUGCUCAGGUGGUGGCCCUGGUUCUGUCUGAUGUAAUUGGAGAUCCCCUGGACUUGAUAGCCAGUGGCCCCACAGUGUGGACUGAGGUGUGGCCUGAGGAGAUUUGGUCGAUCCUUGAACGUUACGGGCUGUCCUCCUCUCUCCCUGUCUCGGUGAAAGAGGUGCUUGGACGCUCAGCUCCCCGAUGGGAGGAGUCUGGAGAGCAGUCAGACAGGGCGGCACAUGUUCUCAAUGCUGUGAUUGGCUCCAAUAGCAUUGCUCUGGAAUGCGCAGGGAGACGUGCGCGGGAGCUCGGAUUCCGUCCAGUUGUGCUGUCGCCAGGGGUGUGCGGGAACGUACAGUCUGUCUCUCGCCUUUAUGGUCUACUGGCUCGCUUUGCCUGCUCCCGUGACGAGCCUCCUCCUGAGUUGCCUGCUGAGAUUCUGAAGCUGGGGCCCGAGACAGGCGUGGAAAGCUGGGACUUGUGCCGUGCUAUGCAGGUGCUUGGUGAGGGGCGUGGGGAGGGCUGGGGAGCCACCUGUCUGCUGGCUGGGGGAGAGCCCACUGUGCAGUUGACAGGCAAGGGGCGUGGUGGGCGGAACCAGGAGCUGGCCCUGAGAGUAGGGCUUGAGCUGGCAGGCAUGGAGCUCCCUCCGAAGGGUCCCCUGUUCCUGAGUGGUGGGACCGAUGGUCAGGACGGGCCAACUGAGGCAGCAGGGGCAGUCACAGACGCGGGGCUUGGCAAAGAAGCACGAGCACAGGGGCUCGACCCUGAUGGCUUCCUCGUCAACAAUGAUUCCUUCACCUUCUUUUCACGCCUGUCUGGUGGGCAGCGGCUGCUCCUACCAGGGUUAACAGGUACCAAUGUGAUGGAUGUGCACAUGCUGCUCAUCCCACCAAUCCCCAUAGUUGUGUCUGGUCGUUGAUGAAGACAAGGGCAUGAAAGCUGUCAAUUACACAUUUCACUAUGAAUCCAUACAGAGCAGACUGAGUAUAUUCAGAGAGCAGCUUUUCAAAGCUGACCAUGAUAUUCUUUCCAGAAAAGCCCUUUUGGAGAUCCAUGUUUAAUUUAAAAAGCAGCAGUCAGUUAUGUCUAUUAUAAGAAUAAAUACAGUAAAGUGUACUUUUGUGUUAUUUGUGAAGAGAUUGUUUCUGUACAGAGCAGUUAGUCAGGCGGAUAACCAAAUAUACCCAAGAAUGUUCCAAUUAAUGAUACAAGUAUCAGACAUAGUACACUAAUACUAGAUACCUUAAGGAACAUUUUUGAAGAUUGGAUGCAGUCUAAUGAAAUGCCUGCCAUUCUGAUUUCCUAUUAGAUGAAAAUAGGGUAAAGUCAUUCCAAAUAAUAUGUAAAUGACUUUAAUGUUAUCUACCCACUAAAUAAACCCCAGAAAUAUCAUAGACAAUAACAUACUCUUAAGAUCUUCAAGGGGGUCAUAUUGAGGUCAUUUUGACCAUAGUCCAAUGACUAUGGGAAAACAUUUUGAACUUGUUGAUAGAGCCAAGAAACUUCCCAGCUGGGGCAUGUCUACAUUAUUAUUGGCUAUAGUGCCAUUAGAUUUGGUCCAUUACCCCCCCUGGCUGCCAUUUCCCAUAUGACCAAUAACCAGCUGCAUGGGGCCAUAUUGGACAGGAUUCACUUGGACAUGUCGCCAUAAAAUUAAAUGGUACUUACAGCCCAAUGAUGGUUUCAAAUGUUUGAGAGGGUCUGGAAAACACAAAAUGGCUCACAAAAUAUACUUAUCCUUUAAACUUGUGGUGAAUACAUGUCAAAUGAAUUUUUCCAUGACUAGUUCCAAUAGUUUUACAUGUAAACACUCUAGAAAGUCCUUUGAGUGUUCCCUGAAGUCUACUGAUUGCAAUGAUAUGUUUUGUCAAUUACAUUUUUUUUAAAGACAGGAAACCUGCCCUGUACACAUCACUUUAGGUAAAACUACAUAGGAAUGCAUUAUGUCCAGCAGAGAGAGACAGGUAACCCAUUAUGAGACCUUUCAGUUUUUACAUGUAGUAAAAGUCUAAACAAAGAUGUCUAGCCAUUGCAGAUUUAACCUAUUAUACUCAGUGGUGAAUUUUGUUCACCAAAUUCAACACUCAUUGAUCUCCAUACAAAAAUGCCUUGCUUGGCCAGAAAAAAAGAAAAAAAAACACCUGCUGGAGAAGACAGAUUUUGGGUCCAGUUAUCCCUCUCACUUUGGAUGUUCCUCUCUAAUACUACAGAGAUGACUUUAAUCAACCAAGUUCAUUUUCACCUGUUGACUCUUUCUCAAUGCCACACACUUGUCACUAAUGAUCAGGACUGCCCUGAUAGGAUUUAAAUACAAACUGAAGGUGUGAAUGAGCCUGUCAAGCCGUUACUCAAGUUUCUUUCUAGUUGUGUUAAGUACAUUUCCUAUUUCCUUGUAUAUUUUAGUUACGUACUACUUUUCCUUGUUUAAUAUAAUCAUCCUUAUCACCUUUACCUUUUUACAUUAUGCAACUUGCUUAUGUCUCUCUUAUUUCAGAACCACACACAAAUCCAACUUUACCAUGUCCAACCACAAGUCCAUAAUAAAUAUGUGAACUUUG